UGACUGCUAGGUCCCCAUGAUGUUGCGGUAUUUCAAUUGCCUCUAAGUGGAAAACGAAUGAGAAAUGGCUGAACAUGCAGCCUCAAGAAAUUAACAAUGCAGCUAUAAGUGCGUGCGCUACAUAUCGCCCCCAAACGUUAAACGAGGUUUAUGUAUAACCUAAGUCAGACAGGGUUACCGGGUAGCAAGCUACUGCUUGCUAUUUCUCAGCUAGCAACCUCACAACAACUAAUGAAAUGGCCUCAUUUAACGUAAACGGAGAAGGUGGACAUGUCCUUAAUGUCCUGGCUGACGUGAGUCCAGAUAUUCACAUUUGUGGCUUCUGCAAGCAGCAGUACAACAACUUUGAAGUAUUUCUUGCACACAAGCAAAAUGGCUGUCAGAUAUCCUCGUCAAACAUAUCUGCCUCCGGCACUGUUACUUCUCUCACUGAAUCUGGUGCAGAAUUUGUGUUUGAGGAAGCGUUCCAGGCGUGUGUUGCUAAGGUGACCAAGAAGCCCCUGACCAAGGCCCAGAAGAGCCCUUCUAAGAGAAUCAAGCCCACGGGGCCCACCGUGCGCCGUAGUUGCUGCUUCUCCGGAUGCACGUUUAAAACUCAAUAUGGUCAGAAGGACAUGGAGAGACAUCUCAAAACGCACACGGGCGAGAAGCCUUUUGAAUGUGAGCUGUGCCACAAGCGGUUCAGCCGGCGGGACAAGCUGAACAUGCACAGCCGCAGCCACACGGGCGAGAGGCCCCACAAGUGCAAGUACUGCGCCUAUGCGGCAGCCGACAGCAGCAGCCUUAAGAAGCACCUGCGCAUCCACUACGACGAGCGGCCCUUCAAGUGCCAGAUCUGCCCCUACGCCAGCCGCAACUCCAGCCAGCUCACCGUACACCUGCGCUCGCACACCGGCGACUGCCCGUUCCAGUGCAACCAGUGCAACGCCAAGUUCAAGAUCAACUCGGACCUGAAGCGGCACGUCCGCGUGCACUCGGGCGAGAAACCGUACAAGUGCGACUUCUGUGACUACCGCUGCGCCAUGAAGGGCAACCUCAAGUCGCACGUGCAGAUCAAGCACGCCUCGCACAACUCCUUCCGCUGCCCCGACUGCGACUUCCAGUGUGCCAACAAGAGUGCCUUGCGCCAGCACUGCCGCGCCCACCAGCCCGCGCUGCCCAUGCAGUGCGCCAAGUGCAGCUACUCGUGCGCCAGCAAGGGGGCGCUGAAGAUCCACGAGCGCGUGCACUCGGACGAGCGGCCCUUCAAGUGCGAGCACUGCAGCUUCGCCUCCAAGCAGCGCAGCAACCUGCUCAUCCACCGCAAGAAGUGCCACGCCGACAAGCCCGAGAAGGUGACCGAGAAGCGGGCAGGUGGCGGAGCGGGCCGAGGGGGUGCCGGCGGAGGCGGAGGAGGAGCAGGGGCGAACGGAGAGGUGGGUGGAGACACGGUGCCCUCCUCCUCCAAGCCUGUGAGCUCUCGUUACCGUGCCCGGCUGGAGGCCACGCGUGCCUUCAGGUGCAACGUGUGCGACGCCUCUUUCGUGCGGGAGGACUCCUUGCGUAGCCACCGCCGGCAGCAUCAGAACCUUCCGCACAGUGGAUUCCUGCAGCUGCCCACUCCUCCAUGCACCUCCUCCUCCUCCUCCUCCUCCUCUUCCCUCCACACCUCCUCCCUCACCUCCUCCACUGGUCCUGCUGCCAUUGCUAUCCCCAUCCACAACCCACUCAUCCACCAGUCCACCUCCAUCACCGCCACCAGCUGCAGUAGCAGCUCCCUUCGAACUGCUGCCAGCAACCAGGACACAGGCCCCCUGCUGUCUGCGUACUCCACUGCCCCUCUGAAGGUGAUUGUGGUGGAGGAGAACUCUGCCAGCCUACUGAGCCCUGUGCAGGUCAGCCUGCUGCCUGUGUCCGGCCAUACCCUGCACACGCCAGGAGAGGGCGCCAGUCUGGAGCUUCACAAUCAUCAUCAUCAUCAUCAGCAGCAGCAGCAGACUGUCACACUGCUCACCCACAUCUCCCCCAGUGACGUCACGGACACCGCAGGGGUGUCGUCGUCUGGCCUGGACGCUGGGACGCUGGCGGGUGUGGACGGCUCUCAGGCCUUCAUCACCACCUGCUCCGACCUAGACGGACUCACCGCCCUCAUCCAGGAAGGGGGCACAGAGGUCACGGUGGUGACGGACCCCACGGACACACAAGGGUUAACCAGCACCCAGAGCACAGACUGUACGCUAGGCUCGUCCCUAGAGGUGGUCGGGGAGGAGAUAACGGCCCCUCAUGAGGACGACGCCAAGCCCUCGGACGGCAUGCUCCUGGGGGGCGAGGACACGAGUAGUCUGAUGAUGUCCAACCUCAGCAUGGGGCCUCACGGGACCCUGCUGCUCCACAACAUGCCCCUCAGCCUGGGCAGCUCCGCGGACAGACCCCCCUCGCUGGAGCAGCUGUCUCCACAUAAUAUCUUCUCAGACACUCACCCCGGGGACCCAGAAGACUGAUAGUACAGCUAAUAUAUAGGUAGUAGGGCUGCACGAUUAUGGAAAAAAUGAUAAUCACAAUUAAUUGGAUUGAAAUUGACAGUCGUGAUUAUUCAACAACAAUGAACAACUGAUUUUUUUUACAGGCUACAUUGAAAUAUAACAAACAAUGUAAGUCAAUUAAAAGAGGGAUUAACAAAAUAAAACUGAAUGUUUAUAAUGAUAUAAAAGUUAAUAGUAUAAAGCUUAGGCAGGCCUAUAGAUUUUUGACCAGAAAGACCUGUCAAAAUGUUCUAGCUUCAAGAACACCUGAAGGCAUGUCACUAUAUUGCCUCCAGUGCAAUCAUGAACAAAUCACAAUUUUUUUGUUGUUGUAAUCGUCACGGCCAUAAUCUUAAUUGUGCAGCCCAAUACAUAGGUCACUGACUAUUUUUAGUAGCAGGCGUCAGGUGGUACAACCACAGCUAUUGCUACUCUUGUUAAACCUAAUUCAAUAAAAUCAUUAAUAAUUGGAAAUGAAUGUACAAGCAGUGAAUAUGCUUUUUAGAUAAAGCAGUAAAAAAACAAAAAAAACUAUGUAAUUUUACCAAUAGUGGUAUUGUAAUGUGGUCUACUUGUACGCCUGCCAGUAAAAAAAUUGUCAACAACCCACAUACGUCCAGGCCUUCCGUUUACGUUAUCUCUUAUGACCCACCCAGUAUUCAUGUUGAGUCAUGAUCAACAUCUCAAGGUCUCAAAGCUCUGGUUGAAGCUUCACCAUGCUGGUGUUAAAUUAAUUUAUAGUAGAAGAUGGACUAUUUUUGGAAUGCUUGCUUGCUGUGGCAUGUCUGGGAGAGGAAGAUGUUUAAAGAUUCAUUCUUUGAUAGAAGUAGAAUCCAUGUGCUUCAUUAAAACUGACGGCAAAAACUGAGCUGAGGUUAUUUCAACAGUACAGAAAUAGAUGUAAUGUGACAAUGUGUUGCUUCGGUAAACAUCCUCAUCAGGGUGAAUUCUGUCACGCUGUCAAGUGUUGUUGAAGUGGACCAUUAACCUUAGACUUUUUUGUGAUGAGAAUAAAUUGUUUUUUAAAAAAAGA